AUGGAUCUCUCCAAGAACUUCGUCUACGCCUCAUCACCCUCCCGCGUAAUCUUCGGCAAGGGCACCAUCCAACAACUCCCCUCUGAAAUCUCACGACAAUGCCUCAAAGCUCCUCUCCUCCUUUCUACUCCCUACCAAGUCUCACAGGCUGAGACCUUGAAGAAGAUCCUCAACGGUAACAUCGCGGGCAUUUUCACCGAGGCGACCAUGCACACGCCAACCGACAUCACGGAAAAGGCGUUAGAAUACGCAAAAUCCAUUUCUGCCGAUAGCAUCAUAUCCAUCGGCGGCGGCAGCACGAUCGGUCUCGGCAAAGCCCUUAGUAUCCGCACCGGUCUCCCUCACAUCUGCAUCCCUACUACCUACGCCGGCUCUGAAAUGACCCCCAUCUUAGGGGAGACAGCUGACGGUGUGAAGAAGACACGCUGUGACCCCAAGAUCCUUCCCGGCACGGUGAUCUACGACGUCGACCUCACCAUGACACUGCCGCCGUCCAUGUCAGCCACAAGCGGUUUAAAUGCAAUUGCACACGCCGUCGAGGCGCUGUAUGCGCAGAAUACGAACCCGAUUAUCUCCCUACUUGCGCUAGAAGGCACCCAGGCGCUCGCCGCUGCGCUACCGCAGAUCGUUAAUAUGCCGAACGACGUGGAGGCGAGGACGGAGGCGUUAUACGGCGCGUGGUUGUGCGGAUUGUGCCUAGGUUCGGUGGGAAUGAGCCUGCACCACAAAUUGUGCCAUACCCUUGGUGGCUCGUUCAAUCUCCCGCAUGCCGAAACACACACGAUAGUGUUACCACACGCACUUGCUUACAACUCGUCUGAGAUUCCGGGGGUUAUGGAAAAGCUAGCUAGGGUUUUACCAGGGAGCGAUGGGGAUGCAAUUAAGGGUCUCAACGUGCUACUAGGGAAUCUGAACGUCGAACGUGGCUUAAAGAACUUUGGCAUGAAGGAGGAGGACGUGGACAAGGCGGCUAAUAUUGCGGUAUCGAAUCCGUACUGGAAUCCGAGGAGGGUGGAGAAAGAGGGGAUUAGGGAAUUGAUCAGGAGGGCAUGGGCUGGAGAGCAGGCAAAGGCGGAUUUAUAA